CUUCACAUUCACUCCAUUUCUCCGUUCCUCUCUGCGUCUCCUCUGAAACUAUCUCCCUCGUUGUCUCACUCACAAUUUGCUGCGUUUCGAAAUCUGCGAUUCUCUCUCGCGAUGAAGAAGUUCCGGAAGCUGUUUCGACGGCAUUCGCGCGUUGCAGACUCCUCGCACUACUUUCUCCUUCUACAGGAGUCGCCGGCGCCGUUGCAUUCGUGUUCUGAAAAGAUUCGGGGAUCGAAAGUUCGAUUAGAGGCCGUGCCGCCGGGACAUCUGCCGGUUUACGUCGGCGAAGUGAUGGAGCGGUUCGUCGUGAGCACGAGGCUGCUGAAUCAUCCGAUGUUCGCGAAGCUGCUCGACGAGUCGGCUCAGGAGUACGGUUACAACCAACAAGGCGCGCUUCGGAUUCCCUGCCAUGUCGACGUCUUCGAACGCGUUGUUGAAGCUUUGCGCGUCGGUGAUAUAUGAAUGUUCGGUUCAAGAUCUUUCGACUCGUAAUCCGAUCGCAUCCUGUACGAAUUUUCAAGGCCGCCUUUCUUUCUUUUUUUUCUCCUUUCUUCGACAGUGAGAUUGCAGUAGGUUUUUGUUUUGGAGCACAAUCGCUGUACUGAAUUUGUAACCGCUCUUAGACUAAUAGCAAUGGAUUCAGAAAGGAGUAGCGUACUGUAAACUUAAAUUUAUCUGUCAAACAAGAACGAAGACAUGUUCGUUCUUUUUGUCCCUUCUGAUUUGAUUGUCACUGUUCAAUUUUGCAUUUCAAAUCCGAUCCGAGAUAGGUUUACUAGGGGUGUUCGGUGUGUGGUUUAGCCAGUCUAAACCAUUUUCAAAUGAGCAAAAUUAUACGUGCAGUUUUUUUAUUACUUCAAACGCACAGUUUGAUUUAGUUUUCAUAAACCGCAUACAAAAUACGGUAUUGUUUCUGCGAUUGAGAGUGUUAGUGGGGAG